CAUCAUCAGCAUCCACACCAUCACAGCAACAACAACCACAACAACAGCAACACCAACACAGCAGUAACAGCGAUGGGUCCCACCACAUUGAAUGGCACACAGCCACCACCAGCUCAACUCCAACAAUAUCAGCAACAUUUACAACAACCACAGGUAACGACUGAUACGCAACAACAGCACCUACAUCAUCCACAUCAACAGUCGCAUCAGCAACAACCUCAACAGCAACAACAACAACAGCAGCAGCAUCAACAGCAAUACCAACAAGCCGGUUCAGAUCAGCUGUCAAAAACAAAUGUCUAUAUACGCGGCUUGCCCGAGGGAACGACUGAUAAAGAUUUAGUUAUAUUAUGUUCAGAAUAUGGUACUAUAGUUUCGGCCAAAGCUAUAUUUGAUAAGACAACAAAAAAAUGUAAAGGUUACGGCUUUGUAGAUUUCGAAUCACCGGCAUAUGCUGAGAAUGCCGUUAAAUCUCUUCAAGCUAAAGGCAUUAAAGCACAAAUGGCAAAAGUGGGUGUUUGGGUGCUCAUUAGGCCGGCCAUACAACAAGAACAGGAUCCAACAAAUUUGUACAUCACAAAUUUGCCGCCAUAUUUCAAAGAGACUGAUUUAGAGAAAAUGUUAUCGAAGUACGGACACGUGGUAUCGACCAAGAUUCUAUGUGAUGCACAAUUGAAUUCUCGAGGUGUCGGUUUCGCUCGCAUGGAAAAUCGUGAAAAAUGCGAACAAAUUAUACAAGUUUUGAAUGGUACUACAAUACCGGGUGCUAACGAUCCAUUGGUGGUUAAGUUUGCCGAUAGCGGCUCAUCGGCCAAGAAGAAUUUGUUAAAAGCCCGUGAUCCCAAUAAUCGUUCACGUUUGGAUAUAUCGGCCGGAACAGCAGGUAUGGAAAGUAUACCUGUAACCCCUGAUCCAGGGGCUCAGCAAAAUGGUACUACAGCUGGCUAUACUCGUUUUGGUACACCCCAAAUAGGUAGUUAUCCCUUGGCUAGUUCUCCAUGGAUACCCGGUUAUAUGAUGGCUACAACAGCUACACAGCCAGCUGCGGCAUUUGAGAAUCAGUAUUUACAAUUGGCUUCUUCACCACAACAUCUGAGCGUUUCGCCAUAUAAGACAGAUCUUGUGAAUACCCUACAGGGUCCCGGAAUGUAUUUGAAUGGUUCGGAGGCCGUAAUGCCAUAUGGAGCUAUGAUGCCACCCAUGGGUCCUUUGCAGUAUAUAAGUCCCACAUAUCCCUAUUAUGCUCCUCCAAUGAUUCCUACCAUACCAAUGACAGAUUCCUCGGAACAGGCUUUGAGUACUGCUGCCUCACCCAAUGGGGCUGCCUAUACACAAUUUUUACAUCCCUUAGCACCCAAGUAGAUGAAUGUUUUUGUUUGUUAAGUUCUAAGUCUAUCCAUAAAUGGAUGAGUAAUCGUAAGAAACCAAAAUUUAUGUUUGUAACUUAAAACCGAUGAUGAAUAAAACGAAGAAAAGGGGGAAAUGAUAGAGAAAAAUUAAAAAGAAAAA